AUGGCUCGUGCGUCGCAUCGCAGUGGGCCCCUGAAACAGCAGAAUAAAAAGCAUAAAGGAGCCAGGAAAUCUUCAGAUAAAAACUCAAAGCCAUACCGCGUAACAAAAAACAAGAUACUGAAUAAAAACCAACGGCGCUUGCUCUCCAAGCAACUCCGCAUACAAAAGAGAUUAGAGGUGAAAAAUCUUGAAGCAUCUCGUGGGACUAAGGGAAAUCCUAUAGCUUGCGUUUUGAUUCCUUUAUCGUCCUCAGUACCUACACAUUUAGCCCAACUUUUAUUUCAAACAUGUGAACCAAAUGCUGAGGUUAUAAAAAGGCCAGAAUGUUUGCAAAAUGUAGUCACUAUUCACUCUCAAAUCCUAAAUAAAUACUUUAAUCUCAUUUGUGCUUACAGUGAUGAUCUCUUUGGUUGUCUUGAUCUCGCGAAUUUCGCAGACUGGCUUAUUCUUUUAGUCCCAAGUAAUCCCUCAGAGAUUCCUGACUCUGUUCACGAGUUACUCACUGCCAUAUAUGCUCAAGGUUUUACAAAUGCUUCCUAUGCAGUUCUUUCUUCCAGUUCAAAUCUUAAAGAGUUAAAACAGAUUCUGGAGUGUAGGUUUCCAGUCCCCGAAUCGACGAUUCACCAACUAAAUUCAAGCGCCAAUGCUCUAAACCUCCUACGGCAUAUUGCCUCAACCAAUCCGUCGAGUUUCCAUGUUAAGGGAAAACAUGCAAAAUUGGCUGGACAGUCUACAGUAAUGCAUACUGGAGCACGCUACCGAACACGCUUACUUGUUGACUCUAUUGAACUAAUCUCUGAAAACAAUGCUCAUGACGAUAUCACAAAAUCCGAGGUAUCAGUCUGUCUUCGUGGCCGCCUACAUGGAGCACCAUUGAUUUUGUUCGAGGAGUUAGAGCAAAAUGGUUCUGCACUUGUUGGUCCUCGUGUACAUUUGACUGGUUGGGGUGAUUUUCCUUUGAUAGAGGCUAAAUGGAUUGAUAACUAUCACUUACAACAGACGUGGCAGAUUUCAGAUCUUAACACCGUUGAAAAUAUAUCAACAAGACAUGUACUUCCAUCUACGUCAGUUAAUCUCACAAACGAGAAUGAAGAUUGUGAGGAGGACUUUCUGUCAGAUGAAAUGUCUGUUGAUGAUUCACAUGAAUCAACAAGUGAAAACCAAUGGAAUGCAACGGAAGAGAUAUCUGAUCACUUAGAAUCUGAGUUAUCUGGAAAUUCUGAUAUAGAGUGUGCUUCGAUAGCAAGUCAUACCGCUCAUACAAUGGCAGCCAGCGCUACCUCUACGUUCUCAUCUGCUCAGUUAGCCAAAUUCCGGGCUGCCAGAAUGGAAGAAAUGUUUCCGGAUGAGGUUGAAACCCCUUCAAACAUACCUGCCAGUGAACGGUUUGUAAAAUACUGUGGUCUUCCUCGUUUCCAAGGUAGCGUGUGGCCAGCAGAAAAGAAUUGGUUACCCAAACAUUAUCAAAAUAUCUCCUGCUUCCGAAACUAUCACCGUAAUAGGCGUACUAUGAUUCGUUAUAUUGAGCAAAAAUUAGCAGACUUUCAAUCAGCAUAUAAAUCAACAGGGAAUGUCUUUAAGUACAUUCCAUCUGGUGUAGAUGUCGAGCUUCUGCUGCAGCCUAUUUCACGGGAUCUUGGUGAAUUGAUAUUGUCUCACCACACGUUACCUCAACCUAACGAAGCCAGAAAACCUUCUGAUCCAAGACCUCAUCCACUUUUAGUUUGGUCACUCUUACCUCAUGAAACUCAAAUGUCAGUCUGCCAUUUUACAAUGUUUCGGCGUGCUUCUGCUAUCCACGCUGUUUCAGAUUUGAUGGUUAUAGCAAACGCUGCAAAUAAAAUUACCGAGUCAUUAUCAAAAGAAAAUGGGAUUUGUGCAUUAGAGCUUGGUGAGGAUGCUUCAACACAAGUAGAACGAGGAGAUAAAUUAAUACAUGAUGCCCUCAUUAGUCACCGUUACAAAAUCGACGAAAAAAAAAGUGGAAAAGCGCUAUACGAUCCAAAGAUGCCUAUACCUCUUGAAGCGGAACCGAUUAAAUCGAAAGAUCUGAUGCUUAUUCAGGCUGGGAUUCGGCGUUUCGUGGCAGCUCCAAUUUAUUCUACACCAAGUAAUCCUCGUGAAAAAGCUAGAUUUGAGUCCUUUUUUCCUGCUUCAGAAAGUUCUACUGUAGCGACUGUUUAUGCACCAGUGAUGUAUUCUCCUGUUAAUGUUUUACAGUUUAGGAUCAGAGUAACAGAGGAUGAAGAUGGGGAACUAUCUUCACCAUACGUCGGUGAAUUGGUGGCAACAGGGUCUCUGAGAUCAGUCGACCCCAACCACUUAAUUAUCAAGAGGAUUUUUUUGUCAGGUCAUCCUUACAAGAUUAACCAGCGCCAUGUAGUUGUCCGAUAUAUGUUUCACAAUCCAGCGGACGUGCUUCAUUUUCAGCCUAUCCAGUUGCAAACAAAGAGCGGAGCUGUUGGGCAUAUAAAAGAACCUGUUGGAACCCAUGGUCAUAUGAAAUGCGUUUUUGACCGACCUAUUCUAGCAAACGAUGUAGCUUUAAUGCCUUUGUACAAGCGAGUGUUUCCAAAAUACGUUUACGAACCAGUAGUUUCUAAAUACCUCACCAACAACGAUAAAAGCAAUGAUUAUAUUGUCACUGACAGCGGUCACUCCAGAUAUGUGAGCUCAGAUGUACUUCAACUAAGAAAAAAAAGUAUUCCCAGUGCUUCACGGGAGAAAAUGGACCAAGACGAAUCAGCCUUAUUUGCUUAA